AUGUCUGGAAAGCGUUCGACGGUGUAUGUCGCGGGUCUGCCGGCGGCCGUGAAUGAGGACCAGCUGCUUGCGACUUUUGUGACGUUUGGCGACAUUCUCGAGAUCAGCCUUCCGCACGAGCAUGAUGCAUCAAAACACCGCGGCUACGCUUUCAUCACCUUUGCAGAGGCGGCCGACGCACAAGAUGCUAUCGACAACUACGACCUCAACGAGCUCCCCGGGUACGCGGGGCAGGGCAAGUUCCUCAAGUGCUCGAUUGCGAAUCCGAACAAGUACGGCGCCGACGGGAGCGGCAAGCACGACCGCGCAUUGUGGGAGAGUGAGGAGUGGCUGCGCGAGAACGCAGCGGCGGGGCCGGACCUCGCGGCUGAGGCGGCGGCAGACGCGCAGAACGGCGUUUAG